AUGGAGGGGUCUUCUCCAACUCGAGGAUCGCCAUCGAAGCAGCUUACUGCAUUCAAUCCGAUGGGGUAUGAUGCUUUUGCUAACCGAGCCAACCCUGGCUCCCUUCCUGGAAUGGCGACCAUUCGUCCGACUAGUGAUCCAUUUGCUGGUUGGAUUGAUGAGAAAGGGCCUGCGCCUAGCAUCCCUUCGUCUCAAACUACCACUGCAAGCUCUGCUUCUUGCUAUGCCUAUCCAGUGCCUGCUACCAUUGACCAUGCGAACACUCGCACCUCAGGCAACGAGUACAAGUACUCGCCUGUUUCGCCUCGGGUGACUCGCACCCACGCAGCUCGCGCGUCAAUUGGCCAAUUCCAGCCCUCGCCUGUCUCACCCCAGGUGUCCCCUGCAGGAGCUGGUCCCGGUGGAAUGCUAUACUCGCCUUCCCGUGCCCAGGCAUCUCGGUCGCUGGAUCAAACUCAAUACUCGCCUCAUUCGUUGACUCGCACUCAGGCGCGUUUGGCAUCUGAGUACUCUCCUGUUCAGGCAGGUAUUCCCAAUGUUCGGUACUCACCAUCCCGUGACGACAUUAACUAUGAAUACAAUCCGACACCGGAUUUUUUAUCUAGAUUGCUCGCAGCCGCUGAUUCUGCCGUUGGAGAUACCAAUGUUGCCUCCCCUACCAAUGCACUGGCCCAUAUCUCCCCCAGUAACCAAGCUCGUCGUGCCACUGGUACAACCGACGCGUCUCCACGAUCUCCCGCCGGUGGAACUAAUGAUGUUGUUGAGAAGCAUCGCAGCUUUAUUGUGCAGCAUGUCCCUCUCGACACCCCCCACCGCUCUAUUGUCAUGAUGUUCCCGAUUGAGGAAUAUCCUUCCCUUGAGAGUGUUUGUCUCAAGCACCUUGAGGCUAGGGGCGUCUUUUCUUUCUCGUUUGGCGAUCUUCGGGAGGCCGUCCACGCCAUGAACAAAAUCCGCCUAACUCGUCCUAGCUGGCGCGUCUUCCCGGCCAGUUACGACGACAUUGCCACUUUCAAUGGAACCAAUGGAACCAACGGAGCCGCUUCCCCUGUCUCUGUGCCUCAGGAUGGUGCAUUUCUGCUUUUUGUGUACACCAUCCCAAGCAAGUGGCUCGUGGAGCCCGUGGAAGAGAUUGUCAACCAAGUCGUCGCUUCCCUUGGCACCCUGCGCUCUUGCAAGCUUACCGAGAAUGGAACGAGCAUGAGUCGAUACCAAGUCGAAUAUUUCAACAAGCGUCAUGCAGCUUAUGCUUUUUCCUGCCUCGGUGGGUUCAGGCUUGAUAGUCUUCAUUUCAAUGUUUCUAUUGAUGCACGUGAAGAGGUUCCUGUUUUGCCUCGCUAUCGAACUGCCAGCUUUGGCUCCCCUCGGAGCCCUGUGACACCGUACCACCUCGUGUCCAAGGAAAACGAGAUCGACGAGAAGGUUGACAUCUCUCCAGUUUCUGGUGAAGGUCAGACGAGUGGAGAGCAUGCUAUUGACCUUGACCGAAUCAAACAAGGACUAGAUGUUCGCAGCACCGUUAUGAUACGCAACAUUCCCAACAAAAUCACUUCGGACCAGUUGAAGACUAUCCUGGACGAGUCCAGUCAUGGGAAGUAUGACUUCCUCUACCUGCGCAUGGAUUUUACCCAUCAUUGCAACGUUGGUUAUGCGUUCAUGAAUUUCGCUGAUGCAAUUGACAUUGUCGACCUCGUGCACGCUCGAGAGGGCAAGGCUUGGCCCGACUGCAUCUCCGAGAAGAUAGCUCAAGUUUCUUACGCCACACUUCAAGGCAGGGAAGCUCUUGUGAAUAAGUUCCGAAACAGCAACGUUAUGACCCGUCCUCAUGAAGAGCGACCUCGACUCUUCCAUGUCGACGGCCCCCGUGCAGGCACCGAAGCGACUUUCCCCGGCCCCAAUGAUGCCAGUAAGCUCCGUCGUUCGGUUGCUAGCACCACUCAGCAAGGCCUCUAUUCACCCCGGAAACGAGCUCCCAGUACACCUCGCUCCAACCGCACGCGUCCUCAGUCUGGAUCCUUCAACCAGACUCCUCGGAGUCGACCAUCGUCGAUUCGCACUCCCCGGCACUCUGGCGGACGCUCGGUCCAACAUGGUCCUGGCGAGUUUUCUCCGAUGAAGUCAUCUCCGUUGAAGGCAGAGGACCGUCAAUUCAAGCCGGAGAAAAAUUAA